CGCCCCGCGCCGCUCCGCGCUCCGCGUGAUGCGCGCGGACCGCGCCGCGCUGUACGCGUGGCUCGUCUGCUGCGCGGCCGCGAUCUCCUCACACAAGUAUAGCACGCGCGUCGUGCGGACUAAAUACGGACCGCUGCGCGGGAUCGUUGUACACUCGCAUCCGCAAAUUGAGGCCUACCUCGGCGUGCCGUAUGCUACACCACCUCUCGGUAGUCUCAGAUACAUGCCGCCGGUGACGCCGUCGCAGUGGCGUACGACGCGGUUGGCGGACGCGUCAGGGCCGGCGUGCCCGCAAGCGCCGCCCGCGGCCGUGCCGCGUGAAGACGCCUUGUUGCUGCACCCGCGCGCGCGCAUACGACAGCUCGAGCGACUGCUACCCGUCCUGGCAAAUCAGAGCGAAGAUUGCCUUUAUGUCAAUCUUUAUGUGCCGACUAAUGGUGGCGAAGACGAGGACAACAGCAAAGGCUUGCCGUGCCUCGUGUUUGUGCACGGGGAGUCCUACGAGUGGAGCUCGGGCAACGCGUACGACGGGACCACGCUGGCAGCGCACGGCAACAUCAUUGUAGUUACUAUCAACUUUAGAUUAGGUGUAUUGGGUUUUUUAAAGACUGGUGCUAAGGGGUCAGCGCAGGGUAACUUCGGGCUUAUGGAUCUGGUGGCAGGGCUGCACUGGCUGCGGGAGAACCUGCCAGCCUUCGGGGGGGACCCGGAGCGGGUGACUCUGCUGGGCCACGGCACGGGAGCCGCUUUGGCAAACUUCCUCGCUGUUUCGCCGGUCGCCAGAGAACUACUGAGGCGUGUCAUCUUGUUAAGCGGGUCCGGACUCAGUUCCUGGGCGCUGCAGAGGGAACCACUCAUGAUAAAAAAAAAGGUCGCCGAGCAGACGGGCUGCCACGGAGACAUGCUGGAGGACGAUCUGGCGCCGUGUCUGCGGAACAAGCCUCUGUCAGAACUCCUGGCCGUGAAGCUCAACCCGCCUCGGUUCCUGCCCGGGUUCGCACCCUUCGUCGACGGCACUGUCAUUGUCAAUCCGUCCUCUGCUCCGCCUCCAACGGACAGCUCUCGCCUCGGCGCUGGAGCGGCCGCGGUGGCCAACGCGGCUGGCCAUGAAUUGGCCGACUUUCCUCACAGGGAACUGCUCUUCGGACUCACGACGACCGAGUCGUACCUGGAAUUCAACGCACAAGACUUGGAGUUCGGCUUCAACGAGAGCCGCCGCGACCGCAUCUUACGAACGUUCGUAAGAAACGCCUACUACUACCAUCUCAAUGAGAUUUACUCUACCCUGAAGAAUGAGUACACGGAUUGGGAUAAGCCCGUCCAAAAUCCCUUGAGCGUGCGGGAUGCUACUCUCGAGGUGUUGAGCGACGGUAGAACAGCUGCUCCGUUGAUCAGACUGGGCUACCUUCACGCCUUGCGUGGGGGCACUACCUACUUCACUCAUUUCCACCACCUCUCGCAAGAAAAAGAUUACCCACAGCGACCGGGGUCUGUCUACGGGGAGGAGAUGCCCUACUACAUUGGCGCGCCGCUCUCACUGAACCAUCAUCAACAAAACUUCACGCAGCAGGAACAACGGGUCUCCAAGCUCUGCAUGCAUUACGUCGCUAAUUUCGUCAGAUAUGGAAACCCAAAUGAUCCCUCAGCCACCCCUCCGCCUAGCCCUUUAUUAGGUGAAGCGCCUAGACUCGGCCCUGACCAGACUCCAUACUGGGAUACUUACGACACUAUCAACCAACUUUAUAUGGAAAUUAGUACCAAACCAGAGAUGAGAAGCCACUAUCGCGGUCAUAAGAUGUCAUUGUGGCUGUCCCUCAUUCCACAGCUGCAUCGACCAGGGUCCGAUAUGCCAGACGCUGCCAUGCGGCAUCAUCAUUUCCAAGAUGAUAACGGCAACAGUAAUUAUUAUGAAGGUGCAGUGAGACCUCAGACCAUGUCCAGAACUCAUGUGCCACAUGUGGUAAACAUCGACAUAGGCCGCGGUGAUCCUAGCCGCGUCACGCCGCCUCCGCGCUCCUCCGCGCCGCGUCCGUCCCCCGCCCCACCCGUGCCUUCCACGGAGUGCCCACCAAACGCCACGGUCUCUUCAGUGCAAACUGAUGACGCUCUGCUUCGAAGACUAGCGUCUUCACAUUAUCAGUCCUACACAGCAGCCUUAACAGUUACCAUUGCUGUUGGCUGCUUUCUUCUACUGUUGAACGUUCUCAUUUUCGCUGGUAUAUAUCACCAGAGAGGAUCCCGUCCCCGUCGCUCAAAGGAUGAUCUCGCCGAGGCCGGGAGCUCGUCAUCUUCAGACAAUUAUGACGGCAAAUUGGACUAUGAAGUGCGAGCUUUCGAUGGAAAAGGUUUCGGUUUCGAGUGUAAAUCCUCUCAUGUACCUCGCGGUUCAGGAUCCAAGUUUGAUUUAAGGACGUUGUCAGAUUGUGGGGAACCUACUUUUGGAGAGUAUAGUUGUUAUGACGAGAAACAUCGAGCAGCUCGCAAUUCAUUACCGGAUGUUAGUGUUGGUAGUGCAAUAGAAGCUGGUAGUGUAGUGUGUAUAGAUACUCAGAAGCCAGAUAUUCAAAAUGUGGAGGGUCGGCCUCAGGACCCCGUGGGUAGAACUAGCACGUUUGAGCCACGAGUAGUGGACAGUUCGACGCAAGUGAAAUUCGGGCCGACUGGCGAAUCUGAAGCCACGUCGGAGUCGAAUGGAGAGUCGGAGUCGGGCGGCGCGAGCGGCUCCGGCAUCCUGCGCGCGCCCCCCGCGCCCACCGCGCCCGCGCCGCCCGGCAUCAUGAAGAAAAGAGUGCAGAUACAAGAGAUAUCCGUAUGAGGGUUCCUAGAUGACACCGAGAUCGUGGUCAAUAAACGGACUAAAUUGUGAUUCUAAUGAAAAUAACGUGUACAUAAUAUCACUAUAUUAAUUGUAAUCGACUAUGUACGAUUUUGUGUACAUAUAAGUAUUUAUUUGCAUUUUAACAGUUGGUACAGCGAAUUUUUAAGGCGUUUGUGAAUUUUUUGCCUUACUUAUGAACUGUGGCUGUAAAUGACUGUAUGUCUUCACUCUUCCGCUCUAUUUGCUUAAGGUUAUUGGAAUAUAAUUAAUAGAUAGUGAAUUAUCAUGAAUAUACUGAAUAAGUUUUUGAAUACCCUCUAGAAACAUAUUUUAUUCAUAAAGUUUAUUUGAAGAGUUUAGUGCAAAUGCAAUUGGACUUACGUAUAUAUUAUAAUAAAAUAAAGGUUAACUUGUGUGAUUUACAUAUAUGAACAUAUUUUUGGUGAAACCAAAUUUUAUUUACAACAUUUAUCAACUAAUAUUAUUUUCGACGUACCUUCGACUACAUGUAUUAUAUGCAUAUUUUAUCGUUGUAUCUAAUUUACUCACAAAAAUAUAAAUGUAUAAAUGUAAGUUAUUUGGUUCCAAUCUUUGAACAUGGGCAUAGAAUCAAUAAAAGGUAGUUUUGGUAAUUGAAUGUGAAUAUAACAAUAAUUUAGUGACAAAAGACUUACGAUCACACCCACAUUAGAUGUACAUAUUAUGAUAUCAACUGAACGAUAUAUGAUAUUUCAAGAGGUAGAGUAAAAUACAUAAUAUAAAUAUAAUUAUUGCAUCGUGUAUGUUGUAAUUUUUUGUAUAGUUAUCCUAAGUGAGUUAUUUUAUUUUGAGUAGUUUUUGAUAAGUAAAUAUUGAAAACUAACUAUGAAAUGGACGAGUAACUAACAGGAAGCUUUUGUUUAGAUUUAUUUCCAAAAUACUGAAUCUCUAUAAAAGUAACAUUAUUUGAAGGUAAACAGGGUAACAGUAACAGAACACGUUCAGUGUGAUGCAACCUAAUAAUGUUCAUCAUAAAUCUAUAUUUUCGUUACUUCAACUGAAAUUCAAAUCACAUUUUACUAGUUAUCUUUUUUAAAAAUUAGAUUUCAAUUAACAUGAAUCUUCCUCGUGUACUCGUCUGUGUUUUUAUCUUCGCAGGAAUUGAUGAUGAUUAUUAAUGGAGUGAAUUAAAAAUAAUAGUAAUGCCAUUAGCCACAUUGUGACAAAAUGUAAACAAGAAGAAUACGUGUUGAGCUUAUUAACUCUUUACACUUGUAUAUUGUUGUACUUAUUUACGUUGCGAAGUGUUGUAUUUUAAUUUUAUUAUUAAUUAUAUUUCGCUGUUGAAUUGUGGAAUUGAUAAAUAGGGAUUCAAAAUGUAGUACAAUUAAAUUAUUUGUAUAAAUUUCCACAUGUGUAGCCCUCUUGUUAAAGAACAAAUAUAUUUAUAUAUACGUACUAUUGUUACUUUUCUUAUUUAUAGAAUAUUAUGUAGUUAAUCAAAUAUUGUUUAUGUUUUUAAAGAAAUUGACAAGAUGAGUUGUUAUUGUACAUUGUUUCAUAUUGAUUUGUUAAUAAUUCUAAUUAGUUAAACAUUAUUUAUUGUUAUUGAACAAAAAAUAGCUGUAGUAGAUUCAGGAGCUACAUUGCGGAUUUAAACAAUUAUGUUUAAAUCCGCAAUGUGCCGUAGGAUUGAAGUUAUAUCAAAAUUAUACUAAAAUACUGAAAAACUUUGUUGAGUAAUUGACUCACAAAUUUUGAUGAGUCAUAAAAUAAAGUUGUACAUUUUCCUGGUACAAAUUACAGAACGGUCACCCCCUUUUAACGUCUCUUUCAAAUUGCCAUAAUUUUAAUAAUUUACAUAUUUUAGGAGGUUUCGUUUUUAGUUAAGCGGCUAACUCACUUAUUUUCUUUGUAUUAUUUUUAUUCCGUGAGUUAAUUAGGCGGUAUAUAAUUUAUAUAUAAAAAUAAAUUGAACAUUUUUUUUAAUAUAUAAAUUAAAAAAAAAAUGUAAAAUAAAUUGAACAUUUAUAAAUUAAAAAAUAAAUAGAACAUUUAAUUUUAUAUAUAAAUUAUACCUCCUAAUUAACUUACGGAAUAAAAAUAAUACAAAGAAAAUAAAUGAGUUAGCCGCUUAACUAAAAACGAAUAUUACUUAUGUGAAGUAAAAUUACAAGGCAAUUGAUUUAACAUUUUGUUACAAUUUGGUGUCUAAAUGGAUUGCAUAAAUAUGGUGUCGA